AUGGACGUUUCCGACAGCCCUGAGCGAAACCCCUGCUCUCCUGAGGAAGACCAGCAGCUUUCUGAUGAGGAAGUCCUGAAGGAGAGUGGUUCAGAGCGAGAACUUGAUGGAGAGGGGGGGCAAGGCAGCGUCCUGGGGGAGGAGGAGGAGGAUGCCACCAGGGGACUGAGCCACGGUGAAGAGGAGAACCACUCGGAUGAAGAAGACCGCCUGAGCGAGACCAAGUCUCCGGAGUCUGACAACAACGAGCAGAGUGGGGAGCUGAAGAGCCCUCCCCCAGGGAAAGGGGAGGAGGAAGACCACACAAAUGACCUCGGGGAUGAAGCAUCCUCUGUCACCCGUGAGCUGGAUGAGCACGAGUUGGACUACGACGAGGAGGUUCCUGAGGAACCCAGUGCUGCUGCCGCGGAGGAGGACGGGGAGAAAGCUGCCGGUGAGGAUGAUGAGGAAGAGGAGAAAGGAGAUGAUGCCCCUGAAGAUGAGAAAAAAUCCAGCAGCAAAAGCGAUGACGAAAAGGACGGGCAGGAUCCCCUGAAGGAGAAGAAGAAAGAAGAAGAUGAUGGAGAGAUUGAUGAUGGAGAAAUUGAUGAUGAUGACUUAGAAGAAGGAGAAGUCAAAGACCCCAGUGACAGGAAAGUGAGGCCACGUCCCACCUGCAGGUUCUUCAUGAAAGGUCACUGUACUUGGGGCAUGAACUGUCGAUUCAUUCACCCCGGUGUGAAUGACAAAGGAAACUACUCCUUGAUCUCCAAACCUGAGCCCUUCUCCCCAAAUGGUGCUCCUCCCAUCGGCCCUCACCCACUGAUGCCAGCCAACCCUUGGGGAGGACCUGUUGUUGAUGAAAUCUUACCUCCACCCCCUCCAGACCCUCCCACAGAAAGUGCCUGGGAGAGAGGACUCCGGCAUGCAAAAGAGGUAUUAAAAAAGGCAACGAUGAGGAAAGAGCAGGAGCCUGACUUUGAGGAGAAGAGGUUCACCGUGACCAUCGGGGAGGACGAGAGGGAGUUUGACAAGGAGAACGAGUUUUUCCGCGACUGGAAUUACCGCAUCACCCGCGACGUCAGAGACCCAGCGGAGGUGGACAUCAAAGAAAACAUUAACUAUGGGCUUGAUCCCUAUACAGAUCCCUAUUAUGACUAUGAAAUAGAACGGUUCUGGCGUGGUGGGCAGUAUGAGAAUUUCAGGGUUCAGUACACAGACCCCGAUCCAUACCGUAACUACAGAGUAAGUAAGGAAAGAGAACGAGAACGGGAG